AAAAUUCCAAAAACCAUUUCUAUAAUAUAAGAUUUUGUAAUUAUUAUUAUUAUAUUAUCCAUAGCCUAUCUUUCCUUUCCUCUGAUCUAUGAACAAACUCUGUCACAAUCAAAUCUUAUAUGGGCUUUUACAGCUAAGACUGUUUCUUGACACAAAAAGGAAGGUCCACAUGAAUUAAGGAGGGGAAGAGGAGGGUUCAAGGGCUUAAUCUUUGCCGGGUGUUGCAAGAACCUUGCCCUUUGCAGGAUUAGGUAUCUGUUGUUUUUAGUGUUUGGGGCUCAAUCUUUGUUGGGUAUUCUAUAAUUUCAUGAAUCUUGGAGAAAAAGUUGGUCUUUAAUGGUGUUUAAGGCCUAAUCUUUGGUGGGUAUUCUAUAGUUUCGAGAAUCUUGGAUAUUUGAUUUCGAUUUUGUCAAAUUUUGAUUCUUGAUGAAUUGGUGUGAUUUUGAGGGGAAAUUGAGUUUGUUUUGAUGAAUUUUGUGGAUCAUUUGUAUGUAAAGUUCAUGUUGUCUGGAAAUAAUUACUUAAACAUGGUCAAACCCUGUUGGAGGCCAUCUGUGGAAGAUGAUGGAGGUUGUGUAAGGAAAUCCGGUGAUCAAGUCGGAAGAACGGAUGGUUUAUUAUGGUAUAAAGAUUUAGGGUCUCAUCUAAGUGGUGAAUUUUCAAUGGCUGUGAUUCAAGCAAACAACUUGUUAGAGGAUCAAAGUCAAGUCGAGUCAGGGCCGUUGAGUUCUUUGAAAUCAGGACCUUAUGGGACGUUUAUCGGGGUCUAUGAUGGGCAUGGUGGGCCUGAGACAUCAAGAUUUGUGAACAACAACUUAUUUGUUAAUCUUAAAAAAUUUGCAACUGAGGAACAAGAAAUUUCUGCAAAUGUUAUUAAGAAGGCCUUUUUAGCAACAGAAGAUGAAUUUCUUUCACUUGUAAGAGAACAAUGGCGUACUUGCGCCCAACUAGCAUCAGUAGGGACAUGUUGUUUGGUGGGUGUUAUUUGCAACGGGUUGUUAUACGUUGCUAAUGCUGGAGAUUCACGAGUGGUGUUAGGGAGAGCCGAUAAUGGUGUUAGAGGAGUCUCUGCUGUACAGUUAUCAACAGAGCAUAACGCAAGCUAUGCUUCUGUAAGAGAUGAGCUUCAUUCCUGCCAUCCGGAUGAUCCAAAGAUUGUGGUUUUGAAACACAAUGUUUGGCGCGUUAAAGGUCUCAUACAGGUCUCAAGAUCCAUUGGUGACGCGUAUCUAAAGAAAGCAGAAUUCAAUAAAGAACCUUUAUUGGCAAAGUUUAGGCUGCGUGAACCCUUUGAAAAGCAAAUCCUUAACCCAGAGCCAUCCAUCUUCAUACAUAAACUUACCCCGAAGGAUCAGUUUCUAAUAUUUGCUUCCGACGGUCUAUGGGAGCAUCUUAGCAACGAGGAAGCUGUUGAUAUCGUUCAAAACUACCCGCGUAGCGGAAUCGCAAGAAGACUUGUGAAGGAGGCUCUUCAGAUAGCAGCAAAAAAAAGAGAAAUGAGAUAUUCAGAUCUGAAGAAAAUUGAUAGAGGGGUCAGAAGACAUUUCCAUGAUGAUAUUACGGUAAUUGUCAUGUUUUUAGACCCUCCGUCAACAAACCGAACUUCUGCUCGUGCUUCAGUAUCGAUAAAAGGAGGUGGCGGGUUACCACGCACCAACAAGUUGUAGCAUCGGGGGUUCUUUUUCGAGCAGCACCUGGUUAAGCUGCUUUAUGUUGAGUCCCGUUUGUAAACUAAGAGCAUGUAUUUUUAACGCGUGUGAAACGAAGUUGUUAGCCACGGUCUUCUUAGAUCUAGAGAAAUGGUACUGGGCAUCGGCAUCCUUCUCAGAAAUCGAAUGGAAUGCAAGAUCAUUCUUUCGUUCUUUAUUGAAAAUCUUAUGAUAAAAAUCUAUUUUUGAAUA